AUGGCACCGUCAGAACCACCAAGCACGCGAAAACGUAUCAGAUCUCGUAUCUCAGAUGAGGUCGACGAAUUAUCCCCAUUACCUGCAAGAACACAAACAUCUGCAGCGAAACGUCGAAAGGUAGAUGCGCCUACCUACACGCUUGGCGGUAUUUCGAAUCGAUUCAAGAAACUCCUCGGAUUGGGUGCUAAGAAGGAUACUGAAGACAGUGCAGAUGAAUUGGGCGAGGACAUCUACGACUUCAAGGUCACGGAUGAUGAAGAAGAGAGUACAAAUGUUUUGGGGAAACCUAGUGCCAAACCGAUGGCAAAAAACAUUAAGGCAGCAAAGUCUACAGCGAAGGGAGUGAUCUUAUCCGCAAAACGGGGGCGUGGGCGGCCGCGGAAGAAUGAAGAUGGUCUCGGGAAGGCGAAAGCAUUAGCACAACAAGCUAUCCAAAAUGAAACUGCAAAGAACAAACAGGAUAUGGAAAUUGAAACUAAUGACCAAGACGUCGAGUCUGCCGAGGCACCUUCGAAACUAUCCAGUGGCCGGUCGACGAGAUUAUCUGAUUCAAAGAACAAUAUUUCAGGAGCUCGAGGAAAGACCAAUGGAGUACCUGAAUCUAGCACACCCAAACGCGGCCGGCCGAAACGACUAAUAGAUGGUCUGGGGGAUUCCAUGGGUGUAGUCCCAAAAGGAAUUCUGACACCUAGCAAAUCUAGGAACUCGACGAUAAGGAAGAGUGUUGCAUUUGACGAAACUGGCAAGGAUAGCUUAGAGGGCUUUAAGGAUAUUCCGUCAGAGCCACGCUCUAAGAAGUCGCGGGAUAAAACCAUACCAUCCACGUCGCUGACAGUCACUCAAAAUGAUGAAGAGGAAGAUCCUGUUUGUGAAAUUUGUACGAAACCUGACUCGAAACGCCCAAACCUAAUAUUGUUUUGCGAUGGAUGUCCCCUUGCUGUCCAUCAAAAAUGUUACAGUGUGCCAAAAAUACCAGAUGGAGAUUGGUUCUGCAAAAAGUGUCAAAGAAACAGGGUUGCGGCAGAAGCAGCUAGGGCUAAUGAGAAUGAUGCUUUAAACGACUCGGAUGAUGAAAUAAAGUGCGCUGUUUGCAGAGGGCUGGAUUCAAAGAAACCGAACGAGAUUAUCUUAUGUGAGAAUUGUGAUUAUGCUGUUCACCAGACAUGUGGCGAUAUACCCAAGAAGCCUCGAGAAGAAUGGCUUUGUAAGGCUUGUGUGUCCCAUGUAGAUUAUGAUCUGCUUGACGGGGAAACAGAUCUGAGUCCGAUCUCAAUUGAAGUACCCACCAUUGAGGGUUUCCAAACUCAUCUCCAAACAAUGCAACGAGUAUUGCUGGACCGACUCACAGGACAGAAACGUCUAAGGAUCCACGGACAUGAAGAUGAGGUACAUAAGGUGCAUCAACUCGUCGAACAGACAGUUUUGGCUGGUGAGGGUAACUCCAUGUUGAUUAUCGGUGCGAGAGGUUCUGGAAAAACUACUCUGGUCGAGUCCGUAAUUUCAGAUCUUGAGAAAGUUCAUAGAGAAAGUUUUCAUGUUGUCAGACUUAAUGGAUUUAUCCACACAGACGACCGCCUUGCGCUGCGGGAAAUAUGGAGACAGUUGGGAAGGGAAAUGGAGAUUGAAGAUGACUCUAAUGGCAAGAUUAGCAACUACGCUGAUACGCUAGCUUCCCUUCUGGCUCUGCUUUCCCAUCCAUCGGAGAUAUCAGAAAUCGAGGCAGACCAUACUGCUAAAUCCGUUAUCUUCGUACUAGACGAAUUUGACCUCUUCACGACCCAUUCUCGACAGACUUUACUUUACAAUCUAUUUGACAUUGCACAGGCGAGGAAAGCCCCCAUCGCUGUACUUGGUCUUACCACUCGUGUGGAUGUAGUCGAGAGUCUAGAAAAAAGAGUCAAGAGUCGUUUUAGCCACCGAUAUGUACACUUAUCAUUACCUAGAAGUCUUCCGGCAUUUUGGGGAGUAUGCAAAGAGGGCCUCAUUGUUGACAGCGACGAUUAUGCCGAAGAGGGAUUUGAUAUCUCGACACCCGGACAGAGAGAAUUCCUGUCAUUUUGGCAGACAAUGAUUGAGGAACUGUAUAAUAACGACGCAAAUUUCAAGCAUCAUAUCCUAUCACACUUCUACAGGUCUAAAUCGGUGCCUGCAUUUUUCACCUCCUCUAUCCUUGCCAUAUCAACUCUUUCGAUGCAGAAUUUUCCCCUGCGCGGCCAAUCAUUCAACCUGGCCAAUCUGGCACUUUCGGCGCCGGACUCUAAACUUCACAUUCUUCAAGGUUUAUCCGAGUUAGAGCUCGCUAUGCUGAUAGCUGCCGCACGACUUGAUAUUAUCCUUGACACGGACACUUGUAAUUUUGCAAUGGCUUACGACGAGUAUAGCUCCUUAACGUCGAGGCAUAAGGUACAGACAUCGAGCACGGGUGUUACUGCUUUGGGAGGAAGUGCCAAGGUAUGGGGGAGAGACGUUGCUUUAGGAGCAUGGGAACGGUUGGUAGAGUAUGAUUUGCUCAUAUCUGCAGCUAUUGGCGCGGCACAAGUAGGUGGGAUCGCAGGUCGUAUGUGGAAAGUUGAUAUUGCAUUGGAGGAAAUUCCGGGUAGUGUGGAGGGCCUUGCUGGGAUUAUGCUGAAAUGGUGUAGAGAAAUAUAA